CUGGUGUUUUAGAACCAACCCCGACCCCUGUCGCUGGGUGGCCCAGGCGGCCCAGCACCCUCCUUAAUGAGUGCGGGGCGCCGACGGGAAUUUCUGAGGUGGUGUGAAUUCCGGGUUGUUACUUACCUCACCUUUGCUAGCGUGGUUCGUCAUCCCAACCAAGGCUCAACAGUCUGUGCUACUGCUGUGCAACAACAAUCACCCAACGCCCGUGGCAUAGAAUAGGGAACUGAGGAACGCUAUGCACCCGGAGCGUCGAACUGCCUCGCGUCCCCAUCCGCAAGCCAUCCAGCGCGCUCCCCCGACGCAUCAACUGGCGUAGGAUGCUGGGGCAAUUGCAAGCUACGGUACGAAUUGGAUACGGAGACGCGACGUCCAACCCAUGGCCCCCCCUUCAAUCGGGACUCGUCCGAGCGGUGCCGACUGCGGCGAUGACCUCUGCAUGGCACCAGGUUCGCUCUCGACGCCGAGCGCCCUAGGUACGCUCUUCUCACUCUCGCCAUUUCUCGCCACCUUCGCUGUGGUCAGCUUCGGCGUCGCCACCAAGGUCUUCCCGCGCCUCUCGCGCCUGCAGAGCAGCCAUGACGGCGAGGGCCACGUCCUGCCCGCCUCGGCCCCGCUUACCCUCCGCCAGGCCCACGCCGAGCACGGCGCCCGGUCUCCCCGCCGCCGCAUCGCCGCCGUGACCUUUGCCGCCACCAUCGGCCUGGCCACGGUGCUCGCAGAGCUCAUCCUGGCUGAGAUCUCGGACCUCGUCACCCCCCACGCCCGCACCGUCGCCCUGCGCUUCACCGUGCCCACCCUGCUCUUCAUGCUCGUCGUCUUGAUACCCUUCCUGGAGCUGCAGUCUGUCGUGGCUGGGUCGGGCUGGUCGUUUCAGCGCACCGCCAAGGGUCGCAUUCCGCGCGUGACCUGGACGCUGCAGCUCGCCGUCUUUGCCGGCUGGCUAUUUGUGUUCUGGUCCCUCGGCCAAGCCGUCCCGGCCGCCGACGGCGCUGCUUUCGACAGCAGCAUCGGCACGGCGACCGCUAGGCACGUCGAGUCGGUGGGGGACGUUUUGGUGGGCGGGCAGCUGGCGCGCGCCUGUCUCGAACGCAUCGGCGUCAUUGGCAUCUCGCUCAUGGCGCUGCUGUCGGGAUUCGCCAGCGUGUCCAGUCCCUGGCAUACGUUCUCCGACAACAGGUCGUACCGCAAGCGGCCCAUCACCGACGCCGACAUUUCGCGCAAGCAGGCCGGGCUCGACGCUACCAGCGAGCUGCUGCUGACCAAGCGCCACCGCCUGCGCUCGCUACAGCGCAAACUAGCCGAGCCGGGCGGUUCAGCUAGCGGCGGUGGCGGCUCCCUCGUGGGGAAGAUGUUCGGGUCGCUCAAGGGCAUCGCGGGCGGUGCUAGCGGUGGGGAUGCCGCCGAGGUCAAGGCCUUGCAGAUAGAGAUAUCAGGUCUCGAGACGAUGGAGUCGAAUCUGGCCACGUCGCUCUCGCUGCUCCGUACGCGCCAGGCCGCGCACGCGCGAGACGGCACUGCCCUCGGCAAGGUCCUGGCCGUGCCCAGCUAUGUCUUCAGCGUGUACUGCGUCUACCGCAUCCUCGCCACCACGCUCACGACGCUGCGGCGCAUGUACUACCCGGCGGCGUCGUUCGCGUCGUCGGACCCCAUCAACCGCUUCCUCGGCCUGUUGGCCAAGCACUGGGACCCCAAGCUCGACCAGAUGGCCUGGGCGCGGCAGAUCUCGUUCCUGCUGUCGGGAGUGAUCCUCGCCGCCAGCGCGAACUCGGUCCUCCAGACUUUCCACCUCUUCGCAAAGUUCACCCCGGGCCUGCUACAGCACGCCCAGGCCAACUUCGCCCUGCUCAUCGGCCAGAUCGCCGCCACGUACGUCAUCAGCGCCGCGCUCCUGCUGCGCAGCAGCCUGCCGCGCGAGGUCGGCCGCUCCGUCGGCGACGCCCUUGAGAGCGCCCUCGAGCCCGCCUUUGUCGACCGCUGGUUCGAGGGCUGGUUCCUCCUCGCCAGCGCCGUCACCAUGGGCGGCAUCUGGAUCGGCCGCAAGCUCGCCGGGGCCGGCGGGGGAGGCGGAGGCGGGUCGGGGGAUUCCCUCGACGACUGGGAUGACUUUGCCGGCGAGGAGAUGCAAAAGAGGUCUUGAUGUGUGGUUUUUUUUCCUUCUGUCGUCUUCUCCCCGAGACCUCGGGGGAGAUGGAUACUUGCGUGCUGGUCUUGCUCUAUAAACAUACAUGUGUGUCGCGGCCACGUAGUCAUGUGGCAGUAGAUUCUUUGGGGUUCGGUGUUUUUUUCUUCUUCGUCUCUGUUUCCUUCCAUAAUAACAACAACGGAUAAUCACGGCUGGAUGGGUGGGUUGGUGCGCGGCGAAUAGGUCAGGAUAAAAGGCGCGUUAUCUGCGCUGCGCUUGUUAAUUUCGUUCUGCGAUAUUUUUUUGCUUCUUUUGAUUCUGUCAUAUAAAAUCCCUUUUUCGUAUUCGUACGCCUAAUAGGAACCAUGGAGUUUAGGAUUUGCCAACUAUAUUAUUUAACAG